AUGGAGGAACUUACCUCAACUGUGAAAAGUCUCACUGAGCUCCUGCUGCAAAAGCAGCUAACAGAUUAUGAUGAAGUGAUAGAGAAGCUCUUCUCUGAAGUCCCUGGACUUGAGGCUAUGCCCAAAAUACCAGAUCCGCAGCUGGAGGAGUGUGCCAUCAAGCUGUGGAACUGGGGAGUUACUAAGAAUGUGGGUGUCACAAUAAGUACAGUUCAAAAAGCCCAAGUGCGUCAUGUUGCAUGCAGUCUGUUGUACUGCUGUGAGCCUGAGAACCCAACAGAGGGCACCAUUCGCAAGCAGAUUCUGGUAAGCAGUACGAUGGCCUGCAAAACAGGGAGAACCUGGCUGGACUGCAAAAAUCCCCAGAUGGCAGAUAAAUACUUAAGCCUUGCUGUCAAGAGCCUUGAAAUCCUCUACAGCCAACUGAUUUCCAGAGGCAAUGGCACAGCUGACAUUAGUUCAUCCAAGGAGGAUGUGGAGAAGGAUCUACUUCGAAUUCUCUCAUACCAAGCAGAAUCGGCCAUAACUCAAGGCAAUAACAAAGAGGCUGUGGCCUACAUUCAGCGUUGUAAAGACAUGUUGCUGCGACUACCAAAGGAUACUGCGUACCUCUCCCUAAUGUGCUACAACUUUGGAAUAGAUGCUUACAAUGUGAGGAAGUAUGAAGACAGUGCUUUUUGGUUGAGUCAAAGCUAUGAUAUCGGGAAAAUGAAUAUGAAAUAUGGCCCCGGAUCUGAAGUUUUGGCCAAGGCUUUGCGGCUCCUCGCCACUGUUUAUUUGGAGUGGGACUGUGAGAAGUUUGCAGAGAAGGCGCUCAAUGCUGUUAGCUUAGCAAACAAGGAAUGCGUGAGCACAUAUGGACUGUACUUAAAGAUCAAAAUACUCCUGAGAUGUGAGUCAUCAGACAGUGACUUCAGAGCAGGACUUCAUGAGAUGCUGGAAUCAGAAGUUUCUCUUGAGCUGUGCCUAAGCACAGUGAAACUACUAAUCUCUGAAGAGAGAGAAGCGCUGGCUUUUGAGUAUUUGAAAAGUGUGUGUCAGCACUUUGAGACAUCCCCUGACCUGGGAACUGCUCUUGUCUUGCACAUUGAGCUGCUGCUGCAGAGAGGCAAAGAGCUGCUGGGCAAACAGAAGAUUGAGGAUAUUAUCACUGGCCACUGUACAGGCAAACAGCUGACCCCACAGGCCCUUACAAGUCUCCAUGUCUUGCUGUGGGAUAAAGCAUCCAAGUACUUUGAGGCUGGAAGCUAUUCUGAGGCUCUUCAGUGGUAUAACUACUCCUUAAGUCUCUUCAAGGGAGGUCAAAUGGAGCCCAACUUAGCCAAACUGCAAAGAAACAGAGCUUCCUGCUUCCUAAAACUUAAGCAACUGGAAAAGGCCAAAGAAGCAAUUAAGGAAGCACAGAGAUGUGAUCCAGACAACAUUUUUACUCAGUUUAGCGUAUACAAGGUGGCUGUGCAGGAGAAUGAGGCAGAGAAAGCCUCAGGUGCAUUGCAUGCAAUGGGACGUCUGUCCAAGAAUCCUGUAGCCUGUGAGGACAGACUGCUGGUGUCGGAGGAUGCUGCUUCCAAUCUCCUGAGUCUGGCUGCUCAGAUUGCUUUGGAGAAUGGACAACAGGAAACCGCCAUGAAAGCACUGGAGAUUUUGUGUGAACACUCCAAAGAUCAAGCACAGGUUCUGGUUGCUCUGAGGUGUUUGGUUCGGCUUGUUCUCUCCACAAUAGAAAAAUUGAGUGAUAAAAUAAGUGAUGUAAGUCUGGAUGUCUUGCUGCCACAUCUAAAAAAGGCUCUGCAGACAAUUUCACACCCCUCUCACAUGACUGUCGAUCAACGCACAGAGGAAGCUAACUGGUUCAGAAAGAUUGCUUGGAACUUGGCUUUGCAGUGCGAGAGCAGCCCUGACAAAAUGAGAGAUUUCUUUGUGCUCUCUUAUCAGUUCUCCCAGCUGUGCCCACCUGAUCGCACUCUACUCAUGGGCCAGAGGACAUGUCUGCUAAUGGCUGCUGCUGCUUCUUUGGAGCUCGGCAGGAAGUCUUCUCACCCUACCCAGGAGUUCACUCAGGCUCUGGAGCACAUUCAGAUCUGUUCAGAGGUGUGGAAAACCCUGAAAGCAUCAGGAAGCUUUCCGAUGGACCCGACAGACUCUCUACUACUGCUGUAUGAGUUUGAAGCUCGUGCUAAACUGAAUGAUCCCAUGGUUGAGGCAAUACUGGAGUCUGUGUUGGAGCUUGAAAAUGUUGAACCCAAAAUGUUAGAGACCAUGGCAGCCUUGGCAAUGGAGCCUCCAGCCUAUUUCCCACUGCUGUGCAAGAAGGCCUUGAGGGUUGCUCUCUUUCUGCACAAGAAACAACCACAGGCUGACCUGGCGCACUGCAGCAAGUGUGUUCACAGCCUUAUCAAGCUGUCCCUCCCAAGUGGCGUGUCAGAGGUGGAGGCCCAUGUGCUCAAGGAGGUGUGGAACUACUACGAGGAGGCCCUGUCCAUCAUUGCAGCCGCACCGGACGACUUCCCAGAGAUGGAGACCUUGUGGUUGCUGACUCAGGCUUGGAACACUGGGAUUUUGCUGUACAGCUUGGCUCAAUACCCCGAAGCUGAGAAGUGGUGUGGCCUGGCCAUGAGCUUCGUCCGCCACCUGGGAUCUCUACAGGAGAGCUAUGAGACACAGAUGUCUGGUCUCUACAGCAAAAUCCUGGACAGAUUGGACAAAGCAAAGAAAAAUGUCAGCAUGAAAGAAUAGACAAACAGGUAUAGGUCAGCUGUCGGGAGCCUGGUGCACGCCUGUUCUUCGGGGAAACCUACGUUUAUUCAGUUCAGUUUUCAACACCCUAACGUUCUCAAUGUUAUGAGAAACAUUUACCAGAAAUUCCAGUUUGGUAUGUUCUUUUAAAUUAUUUUAACUGUGGUGUAUUCUGGUAGACUAGUACAUUCAUUUCUGGUCUGAUUCUUACCUGAACAUUUGUUCUAAGCUCCUAUCCAUUUAUACUUUUCCGACAG